GUGACAACCUGUGAAAGUCUCACAGUUCGUUUGUCGCUUAUCAGUAAGAAUGAUUAUUAUUUCAUUUAUGUCAAUGUUGUCUUUUAUUCUGUGGCGUUAAAACAACAAUGGGAGAAGAGUCUGCUGUUAAACUGUGUGUGUGUGUGUGUGUGUUCGAGUCCGCCCGCUCACUGCGAGCUAAGUUCUGCACAGCAACACUGAGCUAGUGCUAACACGUCUGCUGCUGCUGCUGCGUCAACGACGAGCCGUUGUUUCAGCAUCUAAUAGUGAUCUAUGUUGCUGACAGCAGUUUGAGUCAAUCUUCGUCGCUCACUGGAUGAUGCAGAGGGAGUCAGCAGAGACACAAAGAGUCACAACAUUGCUCUUUUAUUCUUCAUCUGUGAGGUGACCUUCACUGCCAACCACAAAAGGAUGGAGGCAGAGGACAAGUUACACUCCAAAAACAUGCAGAGUGACCUCCAAAAAGAGCUAAAUAUUGCCUUCAGUGAAAACACCAAGCUCACUGCUCUGCUAGACGGGAAAGUCCCAAAAAAAGUGAUGGACUCUGUGGAACUGGAGAGAAGAGUGAAGAGCUUACAGCAGCUCGUGAAGAAGAGGAGGCUCUCAGAGCUCAGCUCAGGAGACUCUGCCAUGUAAGAUGGACAACAUGGUGAAGCAGGUGAGUUCAUUUCAAUCUGAGCUCAGACUCUAGUCUAUACUAUGACUCUACUGUAGGGUUUCACUGUGUGUUCAUUUUAAAUAGAAAGUCACUUGUAAAUGUUUUUUCUAGUCUGGAUGACCCCUCAAAGCUGCUUUACACUACACUUUUGCCAUUCAGCCAUUCACAUCUAUUAUUGGAAAAAUGACAUUAAAUUUAUUUAUUUUUGCAAUAUAUAUUUUUCGAUAUAUAAAAAAAAAGAAUUCUCUCUACGCCCUGCAUUGCUUGAUGUAUGUAGACGAGGCAUACGCAGAACAUGGAGUCAUCAUUGCUGCCGGUGUUGUGGCGCUGUCUCUUUCUGUGAAGAGAGCACGUGGUGCCUGGAAAAUGCAAAUUCCAAUGUCUCUGGUUCACCAAAUAAAAUGACAAAGACUGGCUUGUCAAAGAUCCCAAGGAUAAUGAGUUGGCCAGAUGCAGAGCGUGCUGCAAGUCAAUAUAAGUGGAUGCCAUGGGAGAACCUCCCACCUUAAGCUGUUUCAGCAUGUUCAGUCCUUGAAACGUUCUCAAAGUCCUUGACUUUUAUGUCCACCAAGGUGUGAGAACCGUGCAUUAAACAUUCCCAGCCUUCCCACUAAUGACUUUAAUAGAGGCUAAUCCAGUGUGAACAUACUUGGUGCCCUAUCGUUGUUUGGAGGUACAAUUCAGAGCUGCCCUUCACAAGAAGCAUCUGCUUACAAAAACAAUUUGUCUUUAAAUGGAGACAAUUUAGAACUGUUGCAACUCUGCCUGAGCAUCAGUGAACGCAUCACAGCUGAGUCACAGGAGACAAGAGAGCGUCUUCUAACCAAACCUACACCCUUGGUUAUGUCACACAACUGCCCCGUAAAAUGACACCAUCGCCAUCGCUGCCCGUCUCGGCUGCUUCCCGAGGCGAUCUACUCGACCGAUUAUGAAACUUUGUAUUAAGACUUUGACUGAGGAGACACGAGAGAAGCAGCAACUCAGAGCAGAGCUGGAGGACAAGAUGGAGACACUGCAGCGUGAGGCUUGUGAUGGACGACUGCAACUGUAUGCACAGUGUCUUAUAUGUACAGGAGUUUGGUCUUAUCCACACAGAACCACAACUUUCCCUUUAAAGUCUCUUUUGUUCUUAAAAAGUUAACACGGCAUUGUUUCAAGAAAAAAGAUGAUUUAAGAAGCGUUUUAGUGCUCCUUAAAUGCUGCUUCUGUGUGAAUAAUGAACUGAAACAAUUCUGGAUUCUCCUGAAGACAUUCUCAUGUGUACAGGCCUUUAGAGUCUCUGCUGCCUUCCUCUCACAGGUGAAGACUUUAACAGAGAAGCUGCAGUGUAGAGGGAUGAUCUACGCUCUGUCCGAGCACCUCCUCAGACAAGGAGAAGCUGCUGUGUCUCAGUGAGGAGAGGGAUCAUCUGCAGGAGACACUGAACACUAUCUCGGCCAUCGAGGAGAACCUGAGCAAGCAGGAUCAGUCUGAAAGAGAACAGAAGUCCAGUCUGCAACAGGAAGUGCCGCAGCUUGAGGAGCAGCUCCAAAUGUGCAGGGACAAAGUGACUCAUGCUAAAGCUGAAGCAGCCACUUCACAGCAGCACACACCGCCUCCCUGUGUAACAUGGAUUCUUUCACAGGGCCUUGCCCUCAUCGCAGCGUUCCUGUUGAGAUUGAUGAGAGAAUGACUUCCACCAGUCUGGACUUGGUCUUGCCGCCCAAUUGCCAACAGUGCAGUGGACACACAGAGAGCAACAGCGAGAGCAAGAGCAACAGCAGCAGCAACAGGCAGCAGCACUACGACUGUGAGCCGCUCAUACCAGAGAACCAUCAUCAAUCCAGAGUCCCUUCUCAUGCUGCUGCAGAACCUCGGAUCACACACUGUGGACAAAUGAGAGCCCCGCGACCCGCAGGUGUUUGGCCUAAUGGCCUCAGAGAGCGCACACCGCUGUACCAAUCGCACAGCAUGGGGAACCACAGUAGAAACUGGUCUCAGGACUGGUCUCAGGACUGUUCUGCAGAACGUUUGGAGACCCCUCUCCCUCUCAUGUCUGACAUUGUCGCAUCGCAGUACCCUGUCGCCCACAUGCCUGUGCACAGCCCUAACCUGAGGCAGGGAGGUUCCCUCAGACCCUGUGCAUGCUGCCUUCCCAAAGGCCUUCGUCCUCAUCACAGUCAUAACUCUCAUCAUCAUAAACAGGAUUAUCCAGCAGAUCCACACCAGCAGCCUGAACACAAGCAACAGUCCUGGAACGCCUCCGCACUUAGAGAUGCUCCACAUGUGCCUCAGGAACCUCCGAGAGAUGUGAUGCAUGAGGUCAGUGUGAAGUGCUCCUUCCAGGCAGGACCAGGACCAGGAUCUGCCACAGGGGAGAUCAGGAAGACCAUCAGCCUCCCCGAGGAGUGCAGAAAUGUUUUCAUCACAUAUUCCGUGGACACAGCUGAGGAAAUCUUCCUUUUCACCAAGUUUCUGACAGAUCAGGGAUUCAAACCAGCGAUUGACAUCUUUGAUAAUCCAAUCCAAAGAAUGAGCAUCACUAAAUGGAUGGACAGAUAUUUAAAUGACAAGUCGGUGCUCAUCAUCGUGGUCAUUAGCCCCAAGUAUAAGGAGGAUGUCGAGGGAGCUGGUGAUGACGACCACGGUCUGCACACCAAAUACAUUCACAAUCAGAUCCAGAAUGAGUUCAUCCAACAAGGCUGUCUGAACUUCAGACUGGUUCCUGUAUUAUUCCCUAAUGCAACCAAGAGACAUGUCCCCACCUGGCUGCAGAGCACAAGGAUCUACCGCUGGCCCUGGGACACGCAGGACCUGCUGCUCCGUCUGCUCAGAGAGGAGCGCUAUGUCUUUCCACAGCGGGGGGCUGAGCUCACACUCACGGUGCGUCCUCUCUGAGCAGUGAUUUGAUGACGAGUGACGUUCCUGCUGCUGCUGCUGCUGCUGCUGCUGCUGCUGCUGCUGCUGCUGCUGCUGCUGCUGCUGCUGCUGCUGCUGCUGCUGCUGCACAGUCGUCUGUCGUCCUAACCAUUUAUGACGGAGACGUAAUAAUGACUCUCCUGUGAUUCCUUUAUCAUGAACACACAUAGAGCGAGGCUGAGAUUCUGAAUAAAACUGUAAAAAAUGUGUCAUUCACACUUUAAUAUACUUACAGCAACAAUGAUAAAUGUAUAAUUGCAUUACAAGUUGAUUUUUUUAAAACCCUUUAACACCUAAGCCUCAAAAUGUCUGUCUGGACUUUUUUUCUUCAAAUUGUGUAUCUGUUAAAAUAGUGUAUUAACAAUUGAAAUGAUUCCGAUACGCUCGGUGUUAAAGGGAUUAUUAUUUUAUUAUUAAGUCUUCUUGAAGAUAGUUGUUCAGCAGACACUCACUGAACAGAACAGAACAGAAUGUCUGUCGUUAUAAAGUUAAUAAAGAAAAAUCAAAUGUUCAAAUGUAAUAUUUUAAAAUCUUUCCUCCUACAUUGUUGAGGGUCUUUUCAUGCACAAAAACUCAAAAACUUUGCUGGACAUCAGGACCUGUUCAAAUGUCCACCUGACACUGGUCACAGGUCUCUGUCUCUAAAGAGCGGUACCUAGUGGUGAAAAGUCUUAUAUAUUUUUAUUAUGUCAAAUAAAUCCAAUCAAACCAAAUUAUUCUCAAACUUCCUUCCAUCCAUUUUCUACUGCUUUAUCGUCCACACAAAGAAACAUGUAGAAAACAGCCUGUAAUAUUAGAAUCCACAUGUAAUGCAUGUAUUUAACCACAAGAUGGCAGCAUGUCCCAGGUAAUGAAAACACUGUGUAACUUCAUUUCUAUUAUUGCUCAUGUAUGUCAUAUGUCAGCCACAGUAUUGCAGUAUUGCAGUAUUACAGCCACACUAUUGCAGUAUUCCAGCCACAGUAUUGCAGUAUUACAGCCACGGUAUUGCAGUAUUACAGACACAGUAUUGCAGUAUAACAGCCACUUGCUUAUGGUGUCAUAGUGAUGUGCUGGCGUCAGUGAGUGUGACUGGAAUGCCGCUAAGCUCCAGGUUUUCCAGGGUCUGCUGCACGUGGUGGUGAUUUCUAUAAACACUUCUAUAAACACGUCUUUCUCGAGGCCAUAAAUCAGAUUUUUGGUAUCGUUGUGGGACAAGUGUUCCACUCGCCUCGGCCUUAUCUGCUGAGUCCAGAGCAGUCACACAUUGAGGAGCAACAUUAAGAUCUUUGCCCAACAAGGCCUGGGUCAUCUAUCAUCUACUCUGCUGCUUUACAAUACUCUCCCUGCAGUGGCACGCACAGACAUUAGGAUGGGCAGGGGCUCAAAUGAAAAGGGCACCUACUGCACAUCGGUGGGGCACGCACCACUAGUAUGCUGAAAGCAGACGACAUGGGGGCCAAAAGCAGCGUAAAGACAAAAGGCUUUAAACAAACGUCCAGUGAGGGAAACUGAAGCUGGAACUGAAGCCUCUGAUUGUGCUUUGAUGCUGCAGUGGCAAAUGAAAUGAAAACAUGAUGAAGUACCACAGUGUGUUUCCUGUUCCUGUGCAGAAAUGCAUCUGGUUAGAAAAUAAGAGUCCUCCAAAGAGGUCUGUUUGAGGGGAGCACUGCAGAAUUGCUUGCCGUUGAUUUAAUUGCUGAUGGUUCUCUGAUUGUUGUCGUAUUGACACGCUCUAAUUCCAACUCUGAUCAUUGAAAUGACUCAAAUGAUUAUUGAUGAUUAUUUCUUAAUAAUAUAGGUGUAUGGUUUACAGUGAAACCAGGCUGAGUCAAAGCUUCCUUAUUGGCCUUGGUGGUUUUGAUAAUCAAUCUGCACUUUAACAUGGGCCUGAGUUCUGUUAUUCUUUCUAUUUGAGAAUAUAAGAAAGAUUCACAGGAGAGAAACUGUGUUAAAGUUUAAAGAAAGCCGUUUUAAUGCCUACUUUGAUGUUGAUUUUAUAUAAAUAAAUAUCUGUUAUAAGCUG